AUGUCAACUCUACAAGAACGUAUUCAACCUGCCUUAGCUGCAAGGAGCUCCUCCCUAGAGCCAAGCGCUCUGCUGAAGCCCGAGGACCUAGCGUCUCUGCCACUGAAUGUUCUUCCCGUCCCUCGAUCAUGUGGGCUUCUCACAGACCUGGAACUUGACUUGACUGAGAACCUCGAUGCCACGGAUCUACUGCAGAUGCUGGCCAAGCAACAAGUUACCGCUCGGGAACUUCUUACUGCGUUCAGGAAGCGGGCCACGAUUGCACAGCAAUGUACAAACUGCUUGACUGAACUAGUCUCUCAAGCAGUCGACGAUGCAAAAGCUUGCGAUGAAUAUCUCGCCCGAACAGGCCACACUAUGGGCCCCCUUCAUGGCCUCCCCAUCUCCGUCAAGGAGCAAAUCGCCGUCUCUGGCCUCUGCACAAACGCUGGCUUUGUAGCAUGGGUGAAAAAUCCCAGCGGGGAAGACGCCAAUGUCGUCCAAAGUCUCAAGAGAUUAGGUGCUGUUGUUUUUGCUCGUACGAAUCAGUCCCGGUCUCUGAUGCAUCUUGAGACGUCUAAUAACAUCUACGGUGCGACGGUUCAUCCCAUGAAUCGGAAGCUCACAGCUGGUGGCAGCACAGGCGGAGAGGCAGCUCUGAUGGCCAUGAAGGGAUCGCCUCUUGGUGUUGGGGGAGAUGUCGGAGGCUCGAUUCGAGUGCCGGCAGCUUUAAACGGUAUUUACGGCCUUCUACCCAGCCCUGGUCGGAUCAGUGGCGAAGGAGUCAUGAUUCCUACAUCAGGAUGUGGUUCUAUUGUAGGCACUCUGGGCCCAUUCGCCAGGUCUCUACGCGACCUCGAACUCUUCUGCAAAGCAUACUCUUCAUCAUCCCCGUGGAUUGAGGAUAUUUUUCUUGUUCCCAGUGAUAUCUUGAGCCCAGCCAUCGGCCGGCAACUUGACCCAUCCGCAUCUUUACGCGUCGGCAUUCUAUUUGACGACGGUGUUGUCUCUCCCCUGCCGCCCGUACGACGAGUCCUGGAGAAGGUGAGAUCCCACCUGAGGUGCAAAGCCUCCGUGCAAGUGAAGACGUUCACGCCAUGGGACCACGCCAAAGCCUGGAGGAUCGUUGCCUCGAACUACUUCGAGGACGCUAGCGCCGACAUCCGCAAAACCUGCCACGCAGGAUCUGAACCACUGGAACACUUCACGGAGCGGAUUCUAAAUGAGUGCGAGAUCGGUACCUCUCAAGCUGGCUCAACUCUGCAGACACGAAGGGCAACACGCGACGCUUUCAGACGGCUAUACGCCGCGCACUGGAGGAGAGCCGAAGUUGAUGUCAUUGUCUCGCCAGUGACUCCGAGCACAGCGCCCCCGCUGGGCACGAGCAGAUAUUGGGGUUACUCGGCGAUUUGGAACUUACUCCAGUAUACGGCUGUUGCGAUACCGGCUGCAGCUCUUGUCGGUGAUGGGAACGAUGUUCAGGAACUGGCUAAGGAAGUGUAUGAGCCGAAGAAUGAGACUGAGGCACAAAUAUAUCGUCAGUACUCAGCAGCGACAUCAGAGAGGAUGCCGGUUGGGAUUCAGGUGGUAGCUCCACGCUUACAUGAGAGCCUUGUGAUGGCAGCGGCUCGGAUUAUAGAGGAGGCUUUGGAAGGAUAA